AUGGAGCCGGAUCAAGCCAGCAACCCCAGAGAAGGGGAAGGCGAUCCUCACCAGCAAGAUGCAGUCUCGCCAGCGACAGACGACAACACAAGCCACCCCGAGAGCAUAGCUACUGUCCCCACGACCGCUUCCGAAAGAUCACGACCAAGGCCGAUCCGCAGAAGCUCAACUCUCCCUACCCAGCAUCACCGCUUUGAUGGCGAUGCAGGCCCCAGUGGCCCUUCUCGCCGGAGAGGCCGAUCCGUGUCCUAUCGCGACCUUGAGAAACCCCCGAUCGCGAAUCGUCCUUCAAUGUCAAAAGAGGAAAGGAUUCCGGACAUCCCAGAGGAGGUCGGACGCACUUCCUCGAGGCAAAGGGACGACACCUCUUCUCGCGGUUCUCAGCGCAGGAGGAAGAAUGACAGCGCCAGCCGACCUCGCGCGUCCACGCUGGCCCGUAGGCCGACCAUGCUUGGGAAUGUACCGCCAUCCGGAUUCACGCUUGCCGGACCAGCAGAGCCAGCGCCCCAAACUAACCAGCCGUAUGUCGAUCCAGGCUAUGCCCAACUCAAUCCGGCCUACGAGCAGCCGACCAACGCUCGUCCGGUCUGGGGAUUGGCUAAACCCCUACCUCGUGUGGUACGCCCUGGAAUGGUCCCUACCCCCGGAACUACAACCCCCACCGAGCCCGACAAACCACCAAUUGAUCCGGAUAUAGAAAAAGGUAGAGUGGACCAGACCCUCAAUCUGGGCAGGAUCUCAUCCCAUCUCAGAGAUGCACGUGAGCAGAGGGAAAACAACUUUCUGGAAAGAAUGGGCUCGAGGAUGUCAACAUCGGGUGCGGCACUUCCUAUCACGAGAACCGAAUCCCGCACCAGCUCCCGCAGGAGGGAAAGCUCGGUAGUUGAUCCACCACAGCCUCCGCUGACCCCUCUACCUGAAAACCCCACUACUCCUGGAUUGGACGAGCCGCAGGCUUUUCCGUUCCCCACCGAUGAUCGGCCAAGCCUGGUCGCAAAAGAUGAGGAUAAUUUUGUCCCACACGACAACAGAUUUCCUGAUGAUGCCUCGAGUGCAGCGACGGAAUUUGACGAUGGUCCGGAUUGGGUGGACGAGGAUUUAGCUUUGAUGCCUAUUCGUUCGGCAGAGGAGAUCCACAAUCAUCACACCCACUGGAGCGUGAUUAGAACCAGAUAUCGGGAGGAGUUGGCUGAACUGCUAGCAGUAAUUGUACAGCUCACGCUUGGCUUCUGCGCCGAUCUUGCUUCAACCACAUCCGGUGGCGUCAGUGGAGACGCUUUGGCUGCCAAUCUGUCCUGGGGCCUUGCAAGCAUGAUUGGCAUUUACGUAGCCGGUGGUAUUUCCGGUGCCCAUCUCAACCCAGCAAUCUCCAUAAUGCUCUGGAUAUAUCGCGGCUUCCCCCUCCGCAAGGUGCCGCCCUACGUUUUCGUCCAGGUCCUCGGCGCCUUCAUAGCCGCACUGAUCGCAUUCGGCGUCUACAAGUCCCAGAUCAUCAAGUUCGGCGGCGCCGACCUGGCCGUCAGCGGAACGGCAAACGCCUUCGUGACGGGCCCGCGAAACAGCGACGUCGGCGUCGGCACCGCCUUCUUCACCGAGUUCGUCGCCACCAGCAUCCUGGCCGUUGCAGUCCUCGCUCUUGGCGACGACACCAACGCCCCUCCCGGUGCGGGUAUGAGCGCCUUCAUCAUGGGCCUCGUCAUCACCGUCGAGAGCAACGCCUUCAGCAACAACACCGGCUGCGCGAUGAAUCCCUCCCGCGAUUUUGGCCCACGGCUUGCUCUUCUCGCCUUGGGGUACGGCAACGCCGGGUUCACAAGCGGGUACUGGCUGUAUGGUCCCUGGGCUGCUACGAUUUCCGGUGCCAUUGUGGGCGGUGCCCUGUACGAUAUCGCUAUUUUCGUCGGUGGUGAGAGCCCCAUCAAUUAUCCGAGGAGUAGGAUAAAGAGGGCGCAUGUGAAGUGGAGGAGGAAAUGGGCAACACGAUUGAGGCUCGAUAAAGUGCGCAGGCGGAAGGCUGGCCAGGCCCAAGAGAAGGCGUGA